AAUUAAGCACGAUUUUUUGGUUUCAUCUCCAGCCCUCAUCGAGUGCUCUACGCUAUCACAUCGCCUGCCGCCGCGCAAAGCAACUCCGUCUCCUCUCCGCCGCUAAUUGGUGGCUAUUAUCCUUGAAGUUAAGCUUUCCCUAAAUUCCGUGUAUUUUUGAGGUCUGGGUUCCAAUUGAAAUUGAAGUUUUUUGAAGAUUGAUCCUUUCCUCUCCUCAAUUUUCAGGUCGUCUGAGACACUGAGCAUAUUUUGUUGACUUGAGAGACCUCAUCUGGCGUUGGUUGAACAUAAUUGGUGGGAGAAAGGAGCCGGAAAUGGCUAACCUAUUGUCUGGUGAGGCCUCCCAUCAUGCAGCACCUGAAGGUAGUUAUAAGGUUUCUCAGGAAAAACCUGAAGAAGGUGGUGAGCACUGGUAUUUAUCCAGGAAAGAAAUUGAAGAAAAUUCCCCUUCUAGACGAGAUGGAAUUGAUUUGAAAAAAGAGACAUACUUGCGGAAAUCAUACUGUACAUUUUUACAAGAUUUAGGCAUGAGGCUUAAAGUGCCUCAAGUGACGAUUGCUACAGCAAUUAUAUUUUGCCACCGUUUCUUCCUUCGUCAGUCCCAUGCAACAAAUGACAGGAGGACAAUUGCAACAGUGUGUAUGUUUCUAGCGGGUAAGGUUGAAGAAACUCCACGUCCUCUAAAAGAUGUCAUUCUUGUGUCAUAUGAGAUUAUUCAUAAAAAAGAUGCUGCCGCUGUGCAAAGGAUCAAGCAGAAGGAGGUAUACGAGCAACAAAAAGAACUUGUUUUAGUAGGAGAAAGAAUGGUUCUCGGGACGCUUGGUUUCGAUCUCAAUCUUCAUCAUCCAUAUAAGCCCCUUGUUGAGGCAAUUAAAAAAUUUAAGGUUGCUCAAAAUGCACUAGCUCAAGUUGCAUGGAAUUUUGUGAAUGAUGGGCUUCGGACAUCCCUAUGCUUGCAAUUUAAGCCACAUCACAUUGCAGCUGGUGCUAUUUUCCUUGCGGCCAAGUUUCUUAAAGUAAAGCUUCCAUCCGACGGUGAGAAGGUUUGGUGGCAGGAGUUUGAUGUCACCCCACGCCAAUUGGAGGAGGUGAGCAAUCAGAUGUUAGAGCUGUACGAACAAAACAGAGUGCCAGCAUCUCAGGCUAGUGAAGCAGAAGGGAGUGCCGGAGGCAGUCAACGCCCUCCAUCAAAAAGUCAAGUCGAAGAAGAACACAUCACAAAUUACAGUUCUACCCAUGGUGGAGCUACUUCGAAGGCAUCCUCCUUAAAGCCAUCUUCAUCAUCAUCAAGGCCAGGUCCUGAUUCACAGCAUACUGACAAUCACACUGGACCCCCUAAAAUCCCUCAAACACGAAACAAUGAUUAUGGACGUUCUGAAACCAAUAGUUUGCCAGAUCGCUCGGUAGAUGAUGAGAUUAAUGAUGUCCAGAAUCAUGAUCAAGAAUCGGUGCCUCGAAAGGGUAACUCUGGGGAGAUAGAUAAUAAAUCGAAGUUUAAGGAUGACCAAGAGGAGAAUUCUGUGCCAACUGAAUCUGCAGUAGAAACGAAGGAUAAACAUCAUGGGAGAAACCUGUCCAGUAAGGAUGCUGCUACAGUUGGUCAGUCGCCUCAAGACGCAACAAAGAAGCUGGACAAGGAGAAGAUUAAAGCUGCGUUCGAACGAAGGAAGGCUCGUGGAGACAUAUCUCGUAAAAUCGACCCUGUGGAUGAACUCGAGAGGGAACUUGAAGAUGUUGAAUUGCCUGUCGAGAGUGAGAAAACAAAGCGUGAGAAAAAGCAAACCAAUUGGACGAAACCUUCGAGUAGGCCAGAGUAUGAAAAGUCCCAUCAUGCAAAAUAUGCAGCGAACGACGCUGAAGAUGGUGGUGGUGGGCAUUACCAAGUGAUGAAGGGGCAAUCCUCACAUGGCGAAGAUUACGACACAGUAGAAGAAGGUGAAGUGGGACCCUCUGAUGAAGUUGACCGAGGGUAUCGCUCACCUAGGUCAAACGUUCGUAAGAGGAAGCCCGGUAGCCCGUUGGAGAGAAACGGAUUGGGGAGGCUUGGAUAUACGGAAAGGGACCAUAAAAGGCACCUCCAGGAGAAUCAUGUUUGAAUUUUUUUUACCUAGUAAAUUGCUUGAGCAUAAAUUAUAGCAGCGCAUUUGAGGUCAGAGUUUCUUCAUCGUUUGGCUAGUGAAGACAGCAUCAUAUUUAAAAGAAAUUUUGGUACGAAGUUGAACAAGCAAAAGCUGCUGUACCUGAUAUUUGAUUGUUUGGAUCAGUUUUUACUAUGGUAUGGUUUACAUGUUUCGAUCGGAGUUCCGGAGUAUGCUUUCAGGAACCAGGUAAGGUGAUUAUGUAACUUAUCAUUAGGCCUUGUAAAAAAAAAAAAAAAAAAGAGAAAAAAAAAAGAAAGCGAAGAUGCAAGAUCUGAGUGUAUCAAUGUAAGGUGAUGACCUAAGUUUUAUUGGAUUUGCAAAAAAAGGAGGAAAUCGAAAAAUUGGUGCGAUAUUCAAGUUAGGUACUCUUCAGUUUUGCAUGUUUGACAUUUUCGAGUACGAAGUCCAUUUUCGUAAUUUAAUGGGGGAUGCUUUUUAUUGUAUUUGAUGAUGAAAUGUUGUUUAUUUAUUUAUUCUCUCCCUUGAUAAUAACUUCUUC